AUGGCUGCUCAGAACCAAGUGAGGUGGAUUAUCCCUUCCACCGCAAACGAAUGGGAUACGCUGGCCGUCGCAUAUGGAGUAACAACUAGGUCGUUGAAGUCCUGCAAAAAUCUAGUAUCAGGUUCCCGAGUUACACGCGAGCAGUAUCUUCUGUUCCGGACUCUUUACCCCGAUCCGUCGACUUUCUUUACACCUGCGCUAUACGGAUUGACAGCUGAUAUGCAGACAGCACGAGGCAUGCUUACUGCAUGCCCACAGUUCCAAGCCUACCUCAACGCCAUCCCUAAUCACCAGUGGAAUGAUCCACAGAUAGGGCGGUUUUUCAACACGCUACACCAUCAAUGGCUCGUGGCAGCGGCAGGAACACCCGGAUGCGAAGCCUGGCCCGCAGUUGACGAGGCCAUGGUUAAUCCACCAUUGAUCGAGUUCUUGAACGCACUUAGUGUACUCAGAACUGAUCAACGACGCUGCUGGACCUUACGGCAUAGCGUACUCCGAGCGCAAUUUUACGGACGAGAACGUUCAUACGUCGCUUGCACUGAUGGACAAUUAAUAGACUAUCCCACUCAGGAGCUAAAGGCUCUUGUAGAGUGCAAGAAAAGCGACAGGGAUAGCUCAAGUGGUCGGAGAACCGUCAUGCAGGAAAUUGCUGAGUUGGUGGCCUGGAUUAAGGCAUGUCCUGAUCCAAGAGCACCAGCUUCUAAUCACCUUCGAGCCCUGAUAUCCCAAGACAGGACCCGACUCUUUAUCUCCUUCCUGUCAUACAGUCCAGAGUGGGCAAGCUACAUAAAGGGCGGCUCUAUAGCAAAUGCCGGGCUUGCUACAUAUCAAACCUUCGGCCCCUGGAAUACACAGGACCCGGCAGAUGUGCUGGAGUUUGCAGUUAUUGCGCUUGCAAUUAUGCUUCACUCAUAA